GUUUAGAUGAGACGAUUGGAAAAUUAUCCAAGGACAAGAAAGCCCCCCAAGAGACCCACCAGCAAGCCUUGGAUGACCUCCAGGCAGAGGAAGACAAAGUCAACAUUCUGACCAAAGCCAAAGUUAAGCUGGAGCAACAAGUGGAUGAUCUUGAGUGUUCUCUGGAGCAAGAAAAAAAAGAUAUGGAUGGAUAUUGAGAGGACAAAGAAAGCUUGAAGGGGUUCUGAAACUGACACAAGAAUCUGCAAUGGAUCUGGAGAACGACAAGCAGCAGCUGGAGGAUCAACUGAAAAAGAAAGGCUGAGUUCAGCCAGCUUCUCACCAAAAUUGAGGACGAGCAAAGUUUGUCAGCUCAAUCUCAGAAAGAGAUCAGGGAGCUCCAGGCCUCUACUGAGGAGCUGGAAGAGGAGAUUGAGGCGGAACGUGCUGCCAGGGCUAAGGUGGAGAAACAGAGGUCUGAUCUCUCCAGGGAACUUGAGGAGAUCAGCGAGAGGAGAAGAAGCUGGUGGAGCCACCAUUGCUCAGAGUGAGGUGAACAAGAAGCGAGAGGCCGAGUUUCAGAAACUGAGACGAGACCUGGAGGAGUCAACUCUGCACCAUUUUUUUUUUACCUUUAUUUAACCAGACAAGUCAGUUAAGAACAUAUUCUUAUUUUCAAUGACGGCCUGGGAACAGUGGGUCAACAGCCUGCUCAGGGGCAGAACGACAGAUUGUCAGCUCGGGGGUUUGAACUCGCAACCUUCCGAUUACUAGUCCAACGCUCUAACCACUAGGCUACGCUGCCGCCCACUAUGAGGCUACUUCUGCUGACCUGCGUAAGAAACACGCAGACACUGUGGCAGAGCACAUUGACAAUCUGCAGCGUAUCAAGCAGAAGCUGGAGAAAGAAAAGAGUGAAGAAAAAUGGAGAUUGAUGGUCUGGUCAGCGACAUGGAAUCAGUGUCCAAAUACAAGGCAAAUUACUAGAAGAUGUGUCAUGCUCUGGAGGACCAGCUGUGCGAAUACAAGGCCAAACACAAUGAGAACACUCGCCAGCUCACUGAUCUCAAUACUCAAAGAGCAAGACUUCAAACUGAGAAUGGCAAGUUUUCCCGCCGGCUUGAAGAGAAAGAUACUUUCUCAGAUGUCAAGGACCAAGUUAUCAUUCACUCAACAAAUUGAAGAGCUGAAUAGGCAGCUUGAAGAAGAAAACAAAGGUGUCACGGCUGUUGAAAGAACUGUACCAAGGUGCAGUGUGGAAGAAGCUUGCCCAGCGACUCCAGAAUGCUGAUGCGGCCAUUGAGGCUGUGAAUGCCAAGUGUGCCUCUCUGGAGAAGACUAAGCAGAGGCUGCAGUGAGAGGUGGUGGACCUCAUGGCUCUUGUGGAGAGAGCAAAUAGUCAAGCAGCUGUCCUGGAUAAAAAGCAAAGGAUCUAUGACAAGAUUGUGGCUGAAUGGAAGCAGAAGUAUGAGGAGAGUCAAGCUGAGCUGGAAGGUUCCCAGAAAUGGUCUUGUUCCCUCAGCACUGAACUCUUCAAAAUAAAGAACUCCUAUGAGGAAUGUCUGGAGAACCUGGAGGCCAUGAAGAGAGAGAACAAGAACCUGCAACAGGAAAUAUCUGAUCUGAUGGAACAAGUUGGUGAGAAUAGCAAUGAACUGGAGAAGAACAAGAAGCAAACAGAGAAAUCUGAGAUCCAAUCUGCUCUGGAGGAGGCCGAGGCCUCUUUGGAACACGAAGAAUCCAGCCGGAGAUAACCCAGGUCAAAGAUGAGGUGGACAGGAGGCUGGCGAAGAAAGAGGAGGAGAUGGAGCAAAUCAAACUAAACAACAAGCAUGUCGUUGACACCAUCCAGUCGGUCCUAGACUCUGAGACCCUCGGCAGAAACAAUGCCCUGAAGAUCAAAAAGGAGAUGGAGACCGAUCUCAACGAGAUGGAGGUUCAGCUGAGCCACGCCAACAGGUAGGUUGUUGAGGCCCUGAAACAGCUGAGAAACGUCCAGGCAGACCACAAGCUGCACCUGGAUGAGGCUCUGCGUAGCCAGGAAGAGCUGAGGGAGCAGGCAGCCAUGGUAGAGCGCAGGAGCUCCCUGAUGCAGAUCGAAGUGGAGGAGCUGAGGGCUGCCCUGGAGCAGACGGAGAGGAGCCGCAAGAUGGUUGAGCAGGAGCUGACUGAUGCCUGUGAGAGAGUGUGGCUGCUGCAUUCCCAGAACACCAGUCUUCUCAACACCAAGAAAAAUCUGGAUGCAGAUGUCAGUUAACUUGCAAGGAGAAGUGGAGGAUGCCAUCCAGGAGGUGGCCAUGAUGGCUGAACUGAAGAAGGAGCAGGACACCAGUGGUCAUGUAGAGAGGAUUGACGAAGAACCUGGAGGUCACAGUCAAGGACCUGCAGCUCCGUCUGGAUGAGGCUGAAAACCUGGCCAUGAAGGGCGGCAAAGAAGCAGCUCCAGAAACUGGAGGCUCAGGUGCGUGAGCUGGAAUUUGAACUGGAGGCUGAGCAGAAAAGAGGAGCUGAUGCUAUGAAAGGAGUCUGAAAAUAUGAGCGGGGAGUCAAGAAGCUCACCUAGCAGACCGAAGAGGACAAGAAGACUGUCCAAAGGCUGCAGACCCUGGUGGACAAGCUGCAGUUGAAAGUGAAGGCCUACAAACGUCAGGCUGAGGAAGCUGGAGAGCAGGCCAACACCAACCUGACUAAGUGCAGAAAGAUGUAGCAUGACCUGGAGGAGGCAGAGGAGAGGGCUGACAUCGCAGAGUCCCAGCUCAACAAGAGCAGGGAUGCCGGGAAGUAAAAGCCCAGCCAUGAGUACGGACGCAGAGAUGGCCAUUUUCGGCGAGGCAGCCAUAUACCUCCGGAAACCGGAGAGAGAGAGGAUUGCCGCUCAGAACAUCCCAUUUGAUGCCAAGACAGCCUGCUAUGUGACCGACAGCAAAGAGCUGUACCUCAAAGGCAACAUCCAGAAGAGAGACGGUGGCAAAGUCACUGUAAAGAUUACUGGUGGACAAGGUGUAACAGUGACGGUGGAUGAUGUGUAUCCAAUGAAUCCUCCUAAAUUUGAUAAGAUUGAGGACAUGGCCAUGAUGACCCACCUCAACGAGGCCACUGUGCUGUAUAACCUCAAAGAGCGUUACGCAGCAUGGAUGAUCUAUACCUACUCUGGGCUGUUCUGUGUUACUGUGAACCCCUAUAAGUGGUUACCAGUCUACAACCAGGAGGUGGUAGUGGCCUAUAGAGGGAAGAAACGCAUGGAAGCCCCACCUCAUAUCUUCUCUGUCUCUGACAACGCAUAUCAGUUCAUGCUCACUGACCGAGAGAACCAGUCUGUCCUUAUCACUGGAGAAUCUGGUGCAGGGAAGACUGUGAACACUAAGCGUGUCAUCCAGUACUUUGCGACAAUCGCAGUGUCUGGGAAGAAAGAAUCUACCAGUGGCAAAAUGCAGGGCUCGCUGGAGGAUCAAAUCAUUGCAGCCAACCCUCUGCUAGAGGCCUAUGGGAAUGCCAAAACUGUGAGGAACGACAACUCCUCACGAUUUGGUAAAUUCAUCAGGAUUCAUUUUGGAACCACUGGAAAGCUAGCAUCAGCUGAUAUUGAGACAUACUUGCUGGAAAAGUCCAGAGUGACAUUCCAGCUUGCUGAUGAGAGAAGUUAUCACAUCUUCUAUCAAGUAAUGACCAACCACAAGCCAGAGCUGAUAGAGAUGCUGCUCAUCACAACCAACCCAUAUGAUUUCCCCAUGAUCAGUCAGGGGCAGAUCACUGUGACCAGCAUCGUAGACAAAAAUGAACUGGUCGCCACCGAUACUGCUAUUGAUAUCUUGGGCUUCACGCUGGAUGAAAAGAUGGGCAUCUUCAAGCUGACAGGUGCUGUGAUGCAUCAUGGGAACAUGAAGUUCAAGCAGAAGCAGAGGGAGGAGCAAGCAGAGCCAGACGGCACUGAGGUGGCUGACAAAAUUGCCUACCUCCUGGGCCUGAAUUCUGCAGAUCUGCUAAAAGCUCUCUGCUACCCCAGAGUGAAGGUUGGAAAUGAAUAUGUCACCAAGGGACAGACAGUCCAGCAGGUCCAUAAUUCAGUUAUGGCCCUGGCUAAAUCCAUCUACGAGAAGAUGUUCUUGUGGAUGGUUAUCCGCAUUAACCAGAUGUUGGACACCAAGCAGCCAAGGCAGUUCUUCAUUGGUGUCCUGGACAUCGCUGGGUUUGAGAUCUUUGACUACAACAGUCUGGAGCAGCUGUGUAUCAACUUCACCAACGAAAAACUGCAACAGUUUUUCAACCACCACAUGUUUGUGCUGGAACAAGAGGAGUACAAGAAAGAGGGAAUUGAGUGGGAGUUCAUAGACUUUGGAAUGGACUUGGCCGCCUGCAUUGAGCUCAUUGAGAAGCCAAUGGGCAUCUUUUCCAUCCUCGAAGAGGAGUGCAUGUUCCCCAAGGCUUCAGACACCACCUUCAAGAGCAAGCUGUACGACCAGCAUCUGGGAAAGACUGGCUGCUUUCAGAAGCCCAAGCCUGCCAAAGGCAAGGCCGAGGCCCACUUCUCCCUGAUGCAUUAUGCCGGAACUGUCGACUACAACAUCUGUGGAUGGCUGGACAAGAACAAGGACCCGCUGAACGAGUCUGUGGUCCAGCUGUAUCAGAAGUCUGCCGUUAAACUGCUGUCUCUCUUAUAUGCAAGCUUUACACAAGCCGAUGAUCUUAGCAAGAAAGGUGCCAAGAAGAAAGGUGGCUCCUUCCAAACAGUGUCUGCCUUGUUUCGGGAGAACUUGGGCAAGCUGAUGACAAACCUCAGAUGCACUCAUCCUCACUUUGUGCGCUGCUUGAUUCCCAACGAGUCAAAGACUCCAGGUCUCAUGGAGAAUGCCUUGGUGAUCCACCAGCUGAGGUGUAAUGGUGUGUUAGAAGGUAUCAGAAUCUGCAGAAAAGGUUUCCCAAGCAGAAUCCUGUAUGGUGAUUUCAAGCAAAGGUACAAAGUAUUGAAUGCCAGUGUUAUCCCCGAUGGCCAGUUCAUUGACAACAAGAAAGCUUCAGAGAGGCUCUUGGGAUCAAUUGAUGUGGACCACACUCAGUACAAAUUUGGGCACACCAAGGUGUUUUUUAAGGCUGGGCUGCUGGGAACUCUGGAGGAGAUGAGAGAUGAGAAGCUGGCAGCGUUGGUUACAAUGACUCAAGCGCUUUGCAGAGGCUUCGUCAUGAGGAAGGAGUUCAAAAAGAUGAUGGAGCGAAGAGAAUCUAUCUUCAUCGUCCAGUACAACAUCCGCUCCUUCAUGAACGUGAAACACUGGCCAUGGAUGAAGCUGUACUUCAAGAUCAAGCCCCUGCUGAAAAGUGCUGAGACAGAGAAGGAAAUGGCCACCAUGAAGGAAGAGUUUGCCAAGUGCAAGGAGAACCUGGCCAAGGCUGAAGCCAAGAAGAAGGAACUAGAGGAGAAAAUGGUCUCCCUUCUGCAGGAAAAUAACGAUCUUCAGUUACAAGUAGCUUCGGAAAGUGAGAACCUUUCAGAUGCGGAAGAGAGAUGUGAGAGUCUCGUCAAGAACAAGAUUCAGCUGGAGGUCAAAGCUAAAGAGCUGAGUGAGAGGCUGGAGGAUGAGGAGGAGAUCAACGCUGAGCUGACCGCCAAGAAGAGGAAGCUGGAGGACGAGUGUUCUGAGUUAAAGAAAGACAUUGAUGAUCUGGAGCUCACCCUGGUUAAAGUGGAGAAAGAGAAACAUGCCACUGAAAACAAGGUGAAAAACUUGACUGAAGAAGUGUCAACACUGGAUGAAACCAUUGUUAAAUUAUCCAAGGAGAAGAAAGCCCUCCAAGAAGCCCACCAGCAAGUCUUACAUGAUCUCCAGGCAGAGGAAGAGAAAGUCAACACUCUGACCAAAGCCAAGGCUAAGCUGGAACAGCAAGUGGACGACGUAGAGGGCUCUCUUGAACAAGAGAAGAAACAUUCCAUGGACCUUGAGAGAUCCAGGAAGAAGAUUGAGGGAGAUCUAAAACAUGCCCAGGAAUCCAUAAUGGACCUGGAGAAUGAAAAACAGCAAAUGGAUGAAAAGCAGAAGAAGAAAGACUUUGAAAUCUGUCAUCUUGCUGGGAAAAUGGAGGAUGAGCAAGCCCUUGGUGCCCAGGUGCAGAAGAAACUAAAGGAACAUCAGGCCCGUAUUGAGGAGCUGGAAGAGGAGAUUGAGGCGGAACGUGCUGCCAGGGCUAAGGUGGAGAAACAGAGGUCUGAUCUCGCCAGGGAACUUGAGGAGAUCAGCGAGAGGCUUGAAGAAGCUGGUGGAGCCACCAUUGCUCAGAGUGAGGUGAACAAGAAGCGAGAGGCCGAGUUUCAGAAACUGAGACGAGACCUGGAGGAGUCAACUCUGCACUAUGAGGCUACUUCUGCUGCCCUGCGUAAGAAACAUGCAGAAAAUAUGGCCGAGAUGGGAGAGCACAUCGACAACCUGCAGCGAGUCAAGCAGAAGCUGGAGAAGGAGAAGGGAGAAUACAAAAUGGAGAUCAGUGACCUGGUCAGCAACAUGGAGUCGGUGUCCAAAUUGAAGAGUAACCUGGAGAAAAUGUGCCGAAGUCGAAGUCUUGAAGAUCAAAUCAGCGAGCUAAAGGCCAAAAGCGACGAAAGUCAGCGAAAAGUCACUGACAUCACUGUUCAAAAAGCAAGAUUCCAAACAGAGAAUGGCGAGCUUUCUCGUCAGCUGGAGGAGAGAGAAUCACUGGUAUCCCAGCUGACCAGAAGCAAACAGGCUUUGACUUCGCAGGUGGAUGAACUGAAGAGGCUGGCUGAAGAGGAGCUUAAGGUCAAAAAUGCCCUAGCCCAUGUCCUCCAAUCGUCCCGCCAUGACUGUGACCUGCUGAGGGAGCAGUUCGAGGAGGAGCAGGAGGCCAAGGCAGAGUUGCAGCGCGGCAUGUCCAAGGCCAAUGGAGAGGUGGCUCAGUGGAGAACCAAAUACGAGUCUGAUGCCAUCCAGAGAACAGAAGAGCUGGAGGAGGCCAAGAAGAAGCUUGCCCUGCGUCUUCAGGAUGCUGAAGAGACAAUUGAGGCUGUGAACGCUAAGUGUUCCUCUCUGGAGAAGAGCAAGCAGAGGCUGCAGGGAGAGGUGGAUGACCUGGUGAUUGAUCAGGAGAAAAAUAAUGCAUGGGCUGCUAACCUGGACAAAAGGCAAAAGAACUUUGACAAGGUUUUGACCGAAUGGAAGCAGAAGAAUGAGGAGAGUCAGGCUGAGCUGGAAGGUUCCCAGAAAGGGUCUCGUGCUAUGAGCACUGAGCUCUUCAAAAUUAAGAAUUCUUACGAGGAAUGUCUGGAUCAGCUGGAGACCAUGAAAAGAGAGAACAAGACGCUGCAGCAGGAGGUCACAGACCUGAGUGAUCAGCUUGGUGAGACUGGGAAGAGCAUCCAUGAAGUGGAGAAGGCCAAGAAGAUUAUAGAGACUGAGAAUGCAGAGAUCCAGACAGCUCUUGAGGAAGCAGAGGCCUCUCUGGAGCAUGAGGAGUCCAAGAUCCUACGUGUGCACCUGGAGCUGGCCCAGGUCAAAGGUGAAGUGGGCAGGAAGCUAGCGGAGAAGGACGAGGAGAUGGAUAAGCUAAAAUGCAACAGCCAGAGGUUGAUUGAGUUCAUGCAGAGCACUCUGGAAGCUGAGGUCAGGGGCAGAAAUGAUGCUCUCAGGUUCAAACGCAAAAUGGAGGCUGAUCUUAACGAGAUGGAGGUCCAGCUGAGUCAUGUCAACCGGCAGUCUGCUGAGGCCCAGAAACAGCUGAGGAAUGUCCAGGGACAACUUAAGGAUGCCCAGCUGCACCUGGAUGAGGCUCUGCGUAGCCAGGAGGACCUGAGGGACCAGGCAGCCAUGGUAGAGCGCAGGAGCUCCCUGAUGCAGGCCGAAGUGGAGGAGCUGAGGGCUGCCCUGGAGCAGACGGAGAGGAGCCGCAAGAUAGCCGAGCAGGAACUGACUGACGUCUGUGAGAGAGUGGGGCUACUGCAUUCCCAGAACAUCAACCUGAUGAGCACCAAAAAGAAGCUGGAUGCUGACCUCACCCAACUCCAGGCUGAGGUUGAGGAUGCUGUCCAGGAGGCCAGGAAUGCAGAGGAGAAAGCAAAGAAGGCAAUCACGGAAGCAGCCAUGAUGGCUGAGGAGCUGAAGAAGGAACAGGACACCAGCGCUCACCUGGAGAGAAUGAGGAAAAACCUGGAGGUCACAGUCAAGGACCUGCAGGUCCGUCUGGACGAGGCUGAGAACUUGGCCAUGAAGGGAGGCAAGAAGCAGCUCCAGAAACUGGAGACCAGGGUGCGAGAGUUGGAGGGAGAACUGGAGACUGAGCAGAGGAUGGGAGUUGAUACCAUCAAAGGAGUCAGGAAAUAUGAGAGGAGAGUCAAGGAACUCUCCUACCAGGCAGAGGAGGACAAGAAGAAUGUCUUCAGACUCCAGGACCUGGUGAACAAGCUGCAGCUGAAAGUAAAGGCAUACAAACGCCAGGCUGAGGAAGCUGAAGAGCAGGCUAACACCCACCUGAAUAAGUUCAGGAAAGUGCAACAUGAACUGGAGGAGGCAUCCGAGAGGGCUGAUCUCGCUGACUCCCAGGUCAACAAGAUGAGAGCCAAGAGCAGAGACAUGGGCUCAACGGUUUGUUUGAAAUGAUACCUUUACAGAUAAAGUUGUUUAGUAAUGCCACUGUAUUCAUAGGUAGUGAAUGAUAUCAAAUGUUUUUCUCCAAACAGAGCAAAGAAUAGCGAAGAGAAGAUAUGACUCAGAAGACUCCUAAAAUAGGAGUUUUGAAUGACUUAUGUACUACGCAUGCUUGGCUCACUGUAUGUGCUGUAUUAUUAAACUCACAUAAUAUGAUAUAAGCUCCUUGGAAAGAAUAAUGCAUUUCUACCUGAAGUAUUCUGGCGCCGCCUUGUGGUUAACACCCGGUUUUAUUUGUUUUAUCUUACCUCCACUAUUUUACUUCAAGAUUGCGACACUAAGAUUACUUUCAACCUAAUAAAUAUGGCUAUACUGUGUGUUACAAAGAGCAUAGGCUCGCCUACCAAGAUUGUGAGAUCUGCACUACGUUUAAUUGCAAAAUAAAUUGUGGCACACAAUUCAAAAGUA